AUGUACGGUCUCCAUGUGGUGGGCCUGACAUCACAAGGUCUUGCCCAGCUUGAGUCACAUAUGAUCUUUCAAUUGCGCUUUGUCCUGAGGAGCUACUCCCAGGAAACUCACGAGAACAACCAGCAGUUCAUGCAACGCAAGGGCCUCAAGGCGGCCAAAGCUCAGGUAUUGAAGAGAUUGCAACAGUUCAUUAAACGCCAGCACAAGGGCGAUAAAGAAGCUCUUCUACAGCACUACCUACCUAGGGCUGAGACUCUUUGUGACAGCAUCUCUCGCCUCACAGCAGUGGCCAGAGCGAACAGCAUCGAUCAUCAGCAGCAACAGGUGUGCACUGAAUGCGGAUCUCUGUUUGCAGGCACAGGCGCACUUAGGCGCCAUUCGCAGAAACAUCACCCUGGAGCUCGUCUGUUUCCGAAAGGUCCACGCUUCAACCCCAAAAAGCACGCAAAGGCAGGCACGCCUGAGUGCAUAGCCUGUGGACACCUGUUCCGCUCAUACUUCUUCUUGCGUCAUCAUGUAGAGACUUCUACAUGUCCGCGCGUGAGCAUACUGCUCCAGAAUCAGGCAGAUGCCGAGGCACCCGUAACGGAACUCGAACAAGUUCAUGAGCAAGUAAAAGCCGAAGCACUUCGGGAGCCGGGACAGGCUGCCAUGAAUCCUGACCUGCAAAUUUGGCUCAUGGAAAGCUGUGCGCUCUGUGGGCAGGCCUUAGCAGGCAACAAGGCAGUCAAGCAGCACUUGAAUCGUCAGCACCCUGAGGUCAUGACCAGCGUCCAGUCGAUCAUAACUCCAAGACUUCAGCUUCAUAAAGUCAUGAUGAAGAAGGGCCAGCCCUGCCGCUACUGUCGAACCAAGGUCGAUGCGCCAGGAAGGCACUCUGAGCAGUGUGUCCCCCUCUUACAAACGCAUGUACUUCAGGAAGCUCAAAAACAAGGACUAGAUUUGGCCCCGAGAGCAUAUGAAGCCAAGCCCAGGACACAGACGACGCCAUCCCGACCUUCCCGAACCCAGCCCGUAGGCUCACUAGACCCGGUCUUCAUCCUAGAGGGCUUUUGGCUACUGGCCAACCGGCGCAACCACUGCUACGCAAACUCAGUUCUGCAAAUUCUGCAUUGGGUAGUGCCGUCGAUAAGCCUGCCAACACUCCAGGAAGCGUAUCGAGCUAGCCAGUUAGCGCGAAUCACACCAGAACACCAUGUCCUAGAUACUAUCACUAGAGGCUGGACAUUCGAUGGGAACCAGCAGGACGCAGCGGAGUUUCUCAGUGUGAUACUUCCGAAUCUUUCAGGAAUCCAGGUCUAUUGCUGGGAAACGCGGUCUCCAAUGGAGGCGGGUUAUGUUGUGGACGAGGAAGGGCUCAGCCCCAUUUUUCUGAACGUUCCGUUGGCCGAGGACCUGCAAACUAUGAUAAACAGCUGGAGCAAUCAGACGCCGGUUCGAGCCCUGGUAGCCGCGGAAAAGUUCGUCUUCCUAGCCUUGCCGAGGUACGCCGGAGAUGGCAAAAACAGUAGCUCCAUACGACUUCAGGAGAUGCUUUCACUCCCUGCCUUUGAAGGAGAGGGGUCGGCCCUGACCUGGCAUCCCUUCCUGUUUCGAGCUGGGGUGAUUCACCUUGGGGAGGAGCCUACCUCAGGGCACUACCGUAGUCUCAUUCGAGCUGAAGCACAAUGGUAUCUAGCAGAUGAUUCUCGUCCCCCGACAGCUUGCCAACUCUAUGACUCGGUGAUCACAGGCAAUAUCUAUCUCUUGUUGCUCGAGCGGCAGCAGGCCUGA